AUGGCCAAAGAUUCGGAACCCGACGGAAAUCCCCGACUUCUGGAGCGCUUAAUCCCAAUGAUGUAAGCUCAUAUGUCCCCGGGAAAGUAAGCUCAUAUGUCCUCGGGAAAGCCUUUCGGGCUUAAUAUAGCGCCGCGCCUAAGGCCUUAUGACAUACGACAAUUGGGGGUUUUAAUCUUCAAAGUCCUCGCGAUCUUGCGCCGCGGCUCCGCCCACUUUCUGCCCGUUCUACGGCAUGGAUUGGAGCCGGCUUUGUGGGGAAUGGCUAAGCAUUUUAGUGACCUUAUUUUGGACGAAAUGGAGAGAUGGGGGAAAGGGGCGGAUCUGAUAUUGGACUAGUGAGGUUUUGAGGAAAAUUGGAGGGCAAUAGACCCUAGAAGUCUUUGUAGAACGAAAGAGUUCAUGAUUUUUUGGGAGAUUGGUUAGGAAAAGGUGAAUUUUGCACUAACAAUCUUGUUUGUGUGUAUUGAGGUUGUUUGCUAGAACAAAAUUUUGUUGUCUACUGUUUUAUUCUACUCUAUACAACAUAAUAUCUGGUUAGCAAGCAAGUUCAGCAGGUUUCUAGCAGUUUUUUUGACAAAAUCAUGAUUUUUUCGCCGAGAUCCCACUAUAAAACACCCGUUGGCCAAGUAAAUGCAUCUAACGGGGUCGUCUGAUUAGCCCUGGCCCCCACGAUGCGGACCAAUGCGUCCGUCGCCCUUCACGCUUAAGCCCUCGCAUCAAGAUCCCGCAAGAACCGCGAGAAGCCCGCUCCUGUUUCCCGGGGACAAGACGCAGCAUCCUUAAGUCGAGGCCGCAUCCUCUCUCGUCCCCCCACUCCCUCUGGUCCCUCUUGCUGCCCCCGCUCCGCUUUGUCCAGUCGGCUUUGAGGGAGAGAAGUCGGCGGGGCGGCCCGGCUUUUCUCCCUCCUCCCGCCUCUUGCUCGUCUUCGUUUCGCGUGUUCCGUACCGUAGUAAUCCCCAACUCAUCCAUCCCGCUUGAAUCCCCCCUCCGGCCUUUCUGCCUCUUCGUUCGGCUGCUUUCUCGUGUCAUCCCCGGUUGUCCUCUCGAUUGGAUGAGGGCGUACGGUAGCGGAGAUAAGGGAUAUACGAAGGAAUUGCCGAAAAAUUGCGGUUUUUUUAUAUUGUACAUGAUGUCAUGGGGGAGUUGAGGAAAUUAAGUUAAAAAUCUUUGGUUCUUAGGAGUUUUAAAGAAUUUGAAAGGCGCUGAGAGAAUCUUAGAGCUUGCUGAAAGUCCUACAAGUCAGUAGGCCAACAAUCAAGAUUUUUUGAGUAUUUAUUUGCACUUAUGUUACACUUGAUAUCAACUUAUCUUUAAACGUUUAUGAUACCUUUAUGGAUGUGUAAUGGCAUUCAGGCUAAGGAUAGAGGUCUUUAAGGUGUUUUCAAAGUCAAAAAUCUGAGGUGCUACCUGUUUUGCCCACUUUAUGAUCAAUAUUUAUAUUAUACUUGAUAACAAUUUGACCUUAAUGCCAGAAUCAGGCGUUUUCGAAGGUGCAGCUCCCUAAAAAGUAUUUUAAAUUACACUUUUAGGCUAUCAGCUGCCCAACGAACAAAAAAAAAGUUCUUGGCCGCGCUUCGGCCGCUCCAAAAUCACCUUCGAAAUGCAUGAUAUACCACCGUAAACGGGUGAAUAUCACUUUCAUAUCGACUUCUUUUGGACUCUGCCUCACUCCGAUCUGCUCAACAAUAGCCCCAGCGAUCACGUCAUCAUAAUUGUGCUGCUCGUUUGGACUGCAGCGCGCUGCGGAAAGUAGGCCAAACAGAAGGCCCGCAUGUGUUUAUCCACGCGGGGAUCUUCUCAUCCCUCCCGAACAUGGACGUGUGUGUGAUUCGCACUUCCGGGCUGUCUGUAUUUACACGCGCGCCUUCAAGAGGCGCUGGAGUUUUUUGUUGUGGACAUCCGUGCAAAAGUCGGUCAUGUUUGUCGAGCAGCCACUUACAAUCUGGACUACUUUUUACUGUAUUUUUUAUUGGAAGAGGUGCUGUAUUGAAUGGUGGUGCGUUCUGGAGUCUACAGAGGUUAUAAUUCAUAUUUUUUACUACUUUUUUGAUUUUGAGACCUUUUUUUGCCUAGUCUAAUAUAAAUUGAUAUAUUUUUUUGCAUUUGACCUUCAUAAUGGGUUGUAUAUAAUCUUGAAGGGCCUAAAAUUACCUCCUUGACGUAUUUUGAGGCUUUUUAUAUUGUUUAUCAAUCAAAAAUCAUCAUUUUUUAUAAUGCACAUGACAUGUGUAAGAUAAAAAAAUGCUAAUUUUACUACUAAAAAAGCUUCUUAGAUUUUCCUCUGUCCUUUUAAAUCUAUUUAGAGCUAAAUUCAGCAUCUUUUAAGUCAUCAUAAUUCGCAUUUUUAACCUUAUUUUACCAUGUGUAAUAUCCAAUUCUCCUCGAUUUUCCCCUCGAUUUCCCGCCCUCUCCCCCACAGAUCCUCGAUUAUCAGGGUUUUUAUGGAAUUUGCCAACGUAUUUUUUAUGCCCCGUCGUCCACACGGCCGACCGUUUUUUUGUAUUUUUGAGUCAAAAAACCGGGUCCAGGUCCCCAUUUUUUUGCGCCCUGGAUCCCAUUCUGCGGUCCGACUUGGGCCCGACGGAAGCCCAGAUCAGUGGGCGAAGGUGUCUUUCAUCAGAAUUUGCGCGAUCGCUUUGUUACCGGUGGGGUUUUCGGGGAUUUGGGUCCAGUAUAAUAUAAUUUCGGACGCUAUUCCCCACAUUUAACCGUUUUGCUGGGUGAUUUGUUGAUUUGUUUGCGUGAUUUGGCCUUUAAAAUUUAUUUCAAGGUGUUUUUGUAUCAAAAUUAGUAUAAAUUUUGGCCAAAAAUUAAAAGUUUUUCGAGGUGUAACGAGUUUUUAAUGUCAUCCGAUGAUUUAAAGGUUAAUUGAGACGAAUUCCAGGUGAUCUUGCCCUCAAAAUUUGGACCCGAGCCCCUUGAUUUGGCCCAGAAAUCAACGGAAUCCCCCACUCAGCUCCCACCGCCUUCAAACUGGCACCCCACGACGCCGCCGGAAUUGGAUUGGUGAACGAAAACAGCUACUCCGUGUCGGCCUCCUCCGCCUCCUCCACGAAGGAAUCGGUCAUCGAGUCGAAGACCCUCGAACUCCUGGCCAACUCCCUGCCAAGCAUGGCGCAAAUGUUCCCGGUUCGCGUGCUCGUCGAGACCGUUCGCCCGCAGCACUGUUUGAGUUGCGCGAACGACGGCCAACUCGUCGCCGACACGUACGCCAUCAUCUCCGGCGACACGCAAUUGAACAACAUUGUGGACACGGUCCUCAGCGCUCUCGGAAUGCCUCAACUCAUCGCGGAUUCGAGGGGUAGGUCGGAUUUCGAAUGUGGAAGAAAAUGGAGCGCUUUUGAGAGUUUUGGAUACCAUUUGAGGUAUUUCAUUGGAAAAAUUGCAGUUUUAUCGUAUAACAUGGCACUAAAAAUACAUUUUGUUGUAUGAAAUGCUCUCUCAGCUAAAAAUUUUUGCAUUUUACAGGUUGAGAAAUUAAAAUUUUUCAGGGCGACAUUUUAUACGACAAAACAUAUUUCUUCGUAUAAAAUGUCUGCAAAACAGAUUUCAACCCAAUUAGAUAUUUUAUUGGCAAAAAUGACAUAUUUUACCCGUUAAGAGAUCAAAACGAGUUACAUUUUAUACGAUAAAACAUGUUUCAUCGUAUAAAAAGCGCUUAUUAUAAUCUCAUAAAUUUCGUUCUCUCUUUCGCUUCCUGGCUGUAUUCGACAUGCAUAUUUUUGUCGCCGGCGAUUUUCUCAAGCCCUAUCGCAUUGAAUUCCGUAUCCAAAUUCAAAAAGUCUCAUUCAUAAUCCGGCCGCCUUUCUGGCCAGAUGUUGAUCAGGGCGCGGAAAAACGAAAACAACCUGGGCCAAUCGGACGCUGAAUGUUAUCUGCGGGUGAUUUGCAUAAAGCGCAUUAAGAGAUUGCGCAACGGUGAAUCGAUUUGAAUUUGAAAGGGCGAGAAUUCAAAAAAGUGCGAUAAAAGGAGUCAAAUUAAUUUGUGGGAGGUAUCAUUGACAGAAAUGUACUCUCAGAUUAUAACUAAGGGUUUGAAAUUUAAUUUGGGCGAAUUUUGAAUUUUAGUGACGUUUUAUACGCCGAAACAUGAUUCAUCGUAUAAAACAUCCUUCGCUGGUUCGUUUGGGAGAAAAUUAGGAUCUAAUGAAAGGGUUUUUUCGUAUACAUGGCAACAGUAAAGAAUUUUUUCAAAUUCUUUAAUGUGAGACAUUUUAUACGAUAAAAUGUUUCUGGAUACAUUUCAUCGUAUAACACGUCCUCCGCAUGGAAUUUUAAUUAAAGCUUGAGAUCUCAAGGACGGUUUACAACGUCACUUGCCAACGCUUCAAUCCAUACGCCCUUAGGAAAUGGCAUCUCUGGCCGGUUUUUCGUACUGUAUCCCCCGAAAUCCCAAGAAAAUAGAUUAAUGGAUUAAAUUACAACCAUUAAUUCACAUCGUCGCCCGCGACAUUCGAGCCGGAUUUCCCUCGGCCCUUGGCCAAACAUAUCUGCCAAUCUCGGCGCUUUUGUCUCGCCCCGCGUCUGUUUGGGCCCCGAAAAUCCCGUCGACAAAUUUAGUGCGCGAAAAUGCGGCGCAAAGGAUCAAAAAUGUCUUUUGUUUAAGCCUAAUAGAUUCGGACAGCGGAUAAGAUUGGAUGGGCCGAGCGGCCCAUUUGUUUAUUGAGGGGAUUUGGAGGACAAAAGAGAGAUUUGAGAAGACCUUUUGUGAUGAUUUAGGAGAAGAGAUGAAGAGAUGAUGGAUAAUAUAAAAAAUGUUGAUUUUUUGGUGGUUGAAGGUGAAAAAGGCAAAAUUUUGAGUGGAAUGGAGAGCAUGAGCUUUGGAAAGUUUUCUUGAAUAGCUUUGCGAGCAUCUAGAAGUCUUUGGGAAUCAGUUUCAACCAGUUCUUUGUAGAUGACAUAGAUAAAAUUUUUGCUGAUUUUUUAGAGGGAUUGGUUUUCUGCUGCCUAGAACAUGUUAUAAACAGCUUACAAAUGAUCUGGAUGACUCAAAAUCAUAACUGUUUUUCCAGAUUUGGUCGCCUUUUAUGAGGAUGAUGUUGUAAAAACUGAUUUUUUUCAAGAUCUUUCAUUCCCCUCGAAAUAAAUUUUCAAUCCCUUCAAAACUCCUUCCCAGCUCCUCCAAAUACCGUAAUCCACAUUCACUCCGGGCCAAAUCCCUUUCUCAAUUCCCCCAUCUCUUUGGUUAAAGAGACUUUUCAACCCCUCUUUCGGUUUUAUCCAAUGGAAAUAAACAGAUCCCAUUCGGGCCUCCAUUCCGCUCUCUUUUGUUCAUCUCGCCCCUUAAUCCAAGCCAAUAAAGCCGUUUGGCCAACAAAAACAUUUCCGUGUCAUAUGGGCCCCAAAUCGAAGCAGAAAUUGGCCGAAUAAAACGAGGAGAAAAAGAGAUAAUGGAUAUACACAAAGAGUUGUACAACAUUGAUUAUAACUGGGUUCAUGCCGCCUAAGAGCAAAGGAAACUUUCAUACAGAAAUUAGAAACCAUGAGAACCCAAUUUUUCAAAUUUUUGAUGUUGAUGACAUUUAAUACGAUGAAAUAUGUCCAAAAUGCUUUUUGAGGUAUUUUGAAUCCAAGAUACGAAAUUUUCAAAAGUAAUUUUUUAUUUGGGUCUAUUGGAGUAGUCUGCUUUAAUGAUAAUAAUUUUUCCGCCCUCAGGGCAUUUAGUGCAAUUUUGUGCCCAAAAAUUUGAAAAAAUCAAAAAAAGGUGCAACAAAGAAGUCCGUAUUUUACAAAAGAAAGUUUUAGGCCUGAUCCAGAUCAACAACUGGAAACCCCUCUCCUUUGAACAAAUCACCGACAAUCAGGAGGAGUCCGCAUCGACGUUAUUCAAAGAGAUCUCCAGCAACAUUACACUGAAGAUUCUAACAAGACAGUAAGUUUUAGUGUCAGUAAAGUUAUUCGAAAUGAAAUGAAGAGGUCUGGAUUUUAAUGGAAGACUGUAUUUAGCAAUUUUUUAGUGGAAUUUUUGGGAUUUUUAAAGAUUUUUUGUGGUUUUCGCCGGUUUUUGGUGAAAAAUUUGAAAAUAACCGUCGUAUUUUAGAGGGAUAUUGUGGGAAAUAAACGAAAUGUAUGCUAGAAGGACUGAGGGUUAUCUUACACAUUUUUUAUGCCUUUGGAAUAUCCUUUUUCUCACUUAUUUGGCCAAAAAUGAGUUAAAAUUUCAAAAAAUCCCGAAAGAUUUGAUGAAAAUCGCUCUUAAAUUGCUUUUAAAUGUUUUUAAAAUACGACUCUUCUUCCAUUGGCCCCUAUAACUUCAUCCUAAAAAAAAUUUACAAAAAAUCCUAAUUUUUGGUCUUGUUUUAGUGGUUCGGUCGAAGCCCACAGCUCCCAAUGUAUAACCCAGCUGAAAGACCGGAUCCUAAAAAUGGCGGUGGAAAAGCAGCCGCAAUUCCUGAACAAAAUCUACAACCAAGAAAUCAAAGGGAUCGUGCAGUCGGUGAUUCAAGGGCAUGACGUCACUUUGACCGAGAGCCAAAUCAGCGCCAUCAAUGAUUGGAUGGACAAUUUGAACGAGAAGGAGGCCAGAAAGAGGUGAGAAUUUGGGAAAAUGAGGUUCAAAAUUUAAUUUUGGGACAGCUAGAGGGAGUUUUGGCAUGACAUUUUAUACAAAAAAUUGUGAAAUUUUCGAAAUUUUUCAAAAAUUUUUUAGAAAAAUGUUAGAACAAAGUUACCGAUGCCUUUAAAAAUUCCGCAGUGCCUCUAAAAUUAUAUGCUAGAAGAAUAUUUUUAUUAGAAGCACUCGUUUUUGAGAAAUUUCAAUUUUUCUUAUAUUACACUUGAUGACUUGUCGAAAUUUUGAUAUUACACUUCAAAAACUGAUGAUUUCUGGAAUUUCUCUUAUACAAUAUUGUUGAAUAUGUCCCGUUGAAGGUCUAUAACGCUCAACUUUGCUCACUACCCACACAUUUUCCACCAGUUUUUCCAAUUUUUUAUAUUAUCCAUCAUCAAAAUCCCUAUUUUUUCAUUUUCGAUUCUAGCACCCAGUUUGACCUUUAUAAACACAGAAUAUACUUGCAGACCAUUGUAAGCCCCUCCAAAAUCCCAUUAGCAGUCCGCGAAAGUGGCGUUCCAUAAAGACAUUAAAGUUAUAUGCGAAAGUUUUGGCACAUCCAUCUCUUCUUUUUUAGCCGCAAAUGCCCUUGAAGCCGGCUUUUUUGCGCGCCGUUAGGUGGCCUUGGACAAAGAAAGUGAAAGCUACAGUAGUUUAAGAUUAGAUUUGGCUUGAUUUUGCCAAAAAAAUCGGGGGUUUUGAGAAAAAAUUAGGGUUUUUGAGAAGAAAAUUCAUUUUUGCCUAGUGUAAUAUCGAAAAUGAUUUUACAUAAAAAAAUCAACUCUAAACCCUCCAAAUUUUCAGCCCUCUCGCCGAGCAAUGUCGUUUCUCGCCAGUGUCGGAGAUCCCCCGCCUUGAGCGCUGGUUCCGCGCCGACCCCAACCCACCUCGCCAGAAGCUGAUGAACUACGUGAAUAUGCUGAAUUCCGCCGUGUACCGCAAGAACAACCCGAAAGUUACGUAUCAGCAGAUCUGCAAUUGGUUCACGAACCAGCGCGCCAAGGAGCGAGAGGAGCGGCAACAGAAGGACACCAGUUCGAACACGGCUUCGAUUCUGGCCGCCGCCGUCCAACAGCUUACAAACCCCUCCGGCAAUUGGUCGAAUCAGAUCGCCCAACUCUUCGGAACCUCGCUGAAUGGAGCUACAAGCCCUAUUAACUUGGCUGGAAGCUCUACGCCAACCCCACCCACCACCUCGGCCUCAGCAACCGCGAUCCCAAUGUCAAGUCAGCCAGUUGACAUCAGAUCGAAAUUCAACGGAUCAAACGGAUACAACCCACUCAACGACGAGUUCCAAAGAAUCGAUGGAGGCUCAGAGUCGCCCACAGCCAAUGAUGAUGUCAGCGAACACAGUGCAAGCGAGAAUUGCGGAUUUGAUGGGGAUAUUAAGGUAGGUGUCUAAAGUAAUAUAAAGUCAUAUCUAAAAGUUGGAACUGAUGAAGUAUUUUUGGUUCAAACUUACUUUCAAAGACUGUAGAAUAUCACAGAGAGAAUGAGGAUGUUCAUUUCAUCUCAAGCUUUUCUAAAAUAUUGUUUUAGAUGACUUAUUCAUGAUUACUUUUAAUGCCCAUUUUUGAUCGAAAAAGUUGAAUUAAAAACAAGCUCUAUUACUAUUGAUUUGGCCUCAAUAACCUCGCAACUUGUUCCAGGACUCCCUCGUCUCCUCGCCCGACCCCUCCAUCGACAUGAACGACUGCUCGCCUCAGCAUGGUUCCCAAGCCCUCGCCACUUCUACCUCAUCCCUCAACUCCCAAGCCGCCGCCGCCGCCGUCGCCGCUCUCCAAUCCCUGAUGCCGAUGGGCAUGAACAACUUCACCAUGCCCGACUCUAACCAACUCGCGCAACAGUUGGCCGCCGCCGCCGCGCAGAGCCAAGUCUCGCCCUCUUCGGCGCUGAACAGUCUAAUCUACACGUCGACGGCGAAUUCGACGAGUACGUCGUCGAGUGCGCCUCGCCAAUCGACGCCGGCUGGCUCCAACAACGCCUCGGGUCAGACGCAGGCCCGCUCGCGGCUCAUGUUCGACCCGCUAAGCGAGCUGCCCAUUCUGGAGCGCUGGUUCGAAGAGAACCCGCAUCCGGGCUGGCUGCAGAUCGAGCAGUACACGGAGAGCCUGAACGGCCUCCCCUACCGCCAGAACUACCCACCCAUCUCGACGCACAACGUCAAGAUCUGGUUCAAGAACCGACGCGCCAAAUGCAAGCGGCUGUUGACCGCCGGCAGUGACCCCAAGUCCGAAAGCCGCAUGGACAUCAGCAGCGACAUCUUCAACGAGGUGAAGCCGGUCUAUUAG